AUGCAUAGGUACAAAUCCCAGAGUCAAAAGCUUUCUUCAAUGGGUAGCACUCAACCCAAUGAGAGCUUCAACAAAACAGUUGCAUUAAAAGCUCCUAAAACACAGUUUUACAGUGGAUCCACCAGCUUGAACUGGAGGAUUGCAUCUGCUGUUGCACAAAAGAAUGAUGGACAAAGUUACCUACUGAAGGUGUACAGAGAACUUGGACUCUCUCCUGGGUGCCAUACACGAAGACUUGCCUUACUGCGUGACAUGCAGGCCAGGAAGAGAAAGGCGAUAUGUUCAACAUGGAAAUAUAAACUGAGGAGAAUUCAGCUCAAGAACAGGAAGUAA